CUGUAAGUAUAUCGUCUCUGUUCUAUAUUUUUUACGAAGGAUUCUAAAGAUUAUACCCUACUAUUUUACCCCCAAAACUGGAAAAUUCUUUAGUUUGAAUAACCGACAUCGGUUCCUUGGUUUAUCGUUUACCCUGCCACGAUCGAAGUUUCUUCUUCCUUCUCCAAUCGGUCGUAUAUACCUCGCUUUUUUAAUACGCAGUGAGAGUGAGAGAUGGAGGCAGAGGUGAUAGAAGCAGAGCUAGUAUUGCCAACUUACUUUAGUUUCAAGAGAGUGCAGAUGUAUGAGAAGUAUCCUAAAGGCCAAUCAAGAGGCAGACAUUGGAAACAUCUUAAACAGAUUCUUCAAGCUGAGAAUUAUCAGAAUUAUCCUCCUGAUGAAUCCAACUAUGUUAAUAUUGAAUCACCUCCCCCAAUGCAUCCUUGCAAGAGACUUUGUGAUAUAACUGGAUAUGAGGCACCUUACUAUGAUCCGAGGACUAAUCUCCGCUAUGCUAAUGCUGAAGUCUUCAAGCUCGUAAGAUCGCUUCCUAAUGAGUAUGUACAAAGAUAUCUAGCUCUGAGAAAUGCAGCAGUUGUUCUCAGGUGACCUGGGAAAUUGCAGGAAACCGUGGCCUUUAUUUUGACAUCAAACAAUAACAAUUGUGUUUAAACAUUUCUUGUUUGUGUAGAAUGUAUUAUUCAGUGUUGAACGCCAAAACAACCAUAAAAGUUCUUCAGAUGUAUGAACAAAGUGACUCAACCAACUCAAGUACUUUGGUUGCA